GAGCCGGGGGUGUCGUUGCUGAUACCGACCACUUAAAUUUAAAUCCAUCCCCAAACGAAAGUGAAAUUCUGAGUGUUCGAAGUAAAACUGAAUUAUUUUAUUUUCGAAAUGGCAAGUGUAUUAAGUGCUAUUAUUUUGGUCACGUUCCUGGGCCUGAGCUUAGCUGCUGACGAAGGCUUCGUGGUGCCAUCUAUUGAGUUCAAGCCCAUCACAAAAUUGGCCGACGAUAUACCGACCUGCCGCCAGAAAGACAGCGACAUUAAUGAGUGCAUCAGGCAGGGCUUUCAGCAGCUGACGCCUCGCCUGAAAAACGGCAUCAGCGAUCUGAACAUACCGCCGAUGGAUCCCUUUCUGCUGGGCAAAAGCUCCUACAAUUACAACUCGGGCAUACUGCAGGGCCGCAUUGCCAUGAGGAAUGUGCUAGUUCAUGGCCUGAGCGAGGGUAUUGUCGACAAGGUGGACUACCGGCAAAAGACCAAUCGCGUACGCAUGGAUAUGCUAAGCCAUGUGCCUCAACUGUUGGCAGAGGGCGCCUACAAGGCGGACAUUAAACUGAACGACAUGAAGAUCACUCCAAAGGGCACCUUCAAUAUUACGCUGACCGACGUCAGCAUGAAAACCCGCGCCUUGGGCGAACUAUACGAGCGCGACGGUCACACCUAUCUGCGUCUGACUAAGCUCGAGACUGAGCCCAAAGUGGGUGACAUGCGCAUCUAUGCCAAUGGCCUGGUGCCCGACCCGGCGCUGAAUGAUGUCAUACUGGAUUUCAUCAACCAAUACUGGCAACAGCUAUAUCAGGCUAUGCUACCGGAAACAAUGGCCAUUUGGGAGCCCAUACUGCUCAAAGUGGGCAAUGACUUCUUUGCUGCCCUACCCUUCGACUUGAUUGUCACUAAGGAUUAGGCUUGUGGCCGGCAAAGAUUAGAGUCGGCUUCCUUUCGAAUUAUGGUUAUAUGCUUUCUUCAUGGUGUUUAUUUAGUUUGUAUUCAAAUAAAAUGAUUAAAGAAGCUUAAAUUAAUUCUCAGAAAAAAUAUAUUAAGCUGCUUCCCGCCAAAUGUAAUUGGAAAUAAUGAAAUAAUUAAAUUCUUUAGCAAUUAUAAUAGAUAAUUUCUGACUGUCGUAUAUAUAAUAUAUGUUAACUGUUUUAAUACAGUUGCGCUGUCUCGUGCUUUCAUGAUUUUCUUUGGCUAUGGAAAACUUUUCCAACUUUAUUAUAAUAUUCUAAUAAUUAAUGCGCUUUGUAAGUCUUGGCAUGGGAGUCAUAUUUUUUUAAAA